GCCAGGCCCGGGGAUUAGUUGGUUUCGGAGCCGAGGAGGGAGCCCGGGCCGUGGCGAGCGCCGAGCAGACAAAGCCACGUACGGGGGGGCCCGGCCGGAGGUGGGCUCGGGGCUCGGUGGCGCCCCAGCCCGCACUGAGAGCUCUGGGGAUCCGCACGCCGCCCCGCCACCCGCCGCCUCUUUGCAACAGGUCCGCCGCCUCCGGGCGGCCUCCCUCUGCGCUCCCCUCCCCCGUGCCGUGCGACCCCCCCCACCCCGGGGCGCCUCCGCUUGGCUCCGGGCCGUCAUCUCGCCACCAGCUUCGAUGCGGUUCGGGUCCAAAAUGAUGCCGAUGUUUCUCACUGUGUACCUCAGCAAUGAUGAGCAGCACUUCACAGAAGUCCCUGUCACUCCGGAAACCAUCUGCAGGGACGUGGUGGACUUGUGCAAAGAACCUGGCGAGAGCGAUUGCCACCUGGCCGAAGUGUGGUGUGGCGCUGAACGUCCAGUUGCCGAUAAUGAGCGAAUGUUCGACGUCCUGCAGCGGUUUGGAAGUCAGAGGAGUGAAGUUCGGUUCUUCCUUCGCCACGAACGCCCCCCUGGUAGGGAUGUUGUGAGUGGACCAAGGUCUCAGGAUCCAAGUUUAAAAAGAAAUGGUGUAAAAGUUCCAGGUGAACAUCGAAGAAAGGAGAAUGGCGUUAAUAGUCCUAGAAUGGAUCUGACACUUGCUGAACUUCAGGAAAUGGCAUCCCGCCAGCAGCAACAGAUUGAGGCCCAGCAACAAAUGCUGGCCACUAAGGAACAGCGGUUGAAGUUUUUGAAACAGCAAGAUCAGCGUCAACAGCAACAAGCAGCUGAACAAGAAAAGCUUAAGAGGCUCAAAGAAAUAGCUGAGAAUCAGGAAGCGAAGCUGAAAAAAGUGAGAGCACUUAAAGGCCACGUGGAACAGAAGAGGCUAAGCAAUGGGAAACUUGUGGAGGAAAUUGAACAGAUGAAUAGUUUGUUCCAGCAAAAGCAGAGGGAGCUUGUUCUGGCUGUGUCAAAAGUAGAGGAACUUACGAGACAACUGGAGAUGCUGAAGAACGGCAGGAUUGACGGUCACCAUGACAACCAGUCCGCGGUGGCUGAGCUCGAUCGGCUCUACAAGGAGCUUCAGUUAAGAAACAAACUGAACCAGGAGCAGAAUGCCAAGCUGCAACAACAGAGGGAGUGUUUGAAUAAGCGCAAUUCAGAAGUGGCGGUGAUGGACAAGCGUGUUAAUGAGCUCAGGGACCGGCUGUGGAAGAAGAAGGCGGCCCUGCAGCAGAAAGAGAACCUUCCAGUCUCGUCUGAUGGACACGUGCCCCAGCCGGGGGCGUCGGGGCCGAGUCGCGUGGCCGCGGUCGGCCCCUACAUCCAGUCGUCGACUAUGCCCCGGAUCCCGUCGCGGCCUGAACUUCUGGUGAAGCCAGCCCUGCCCGACGGGCCCGGGGCCAUGCAGGCUUCUGAGGGGCCCAUGAAAGUCCAGACGCUGCCCAACAUGAGAUCUGGGGCCUCUUCGCAAGCAAAAGGCUCUAAAAUCCAUCUGCUUGGCCCUGAUUGGACUCCUCCAAAUGCAGAUCUUUUCUCUAGCCAAGCCUCUGCCUCUGUGUCUAAAAGCUCCGGGAACGUUCCAGACCAAGUGGAUGAUGGCGAGGUUCCGUUGAGGGAGAAGGAGAAGAAAGUGCGUCCCUUUUCGAUGUUUGACACUGUGGACCAGUCUGCCGCCCCACCUGCCUUCGGUACCCUGAGGAAGAACCAGAGCAGUGAAGACAUUCUGAGGGAUGCUCAGGCUGCAAAUAAAAAUGUGGCUAAGGUACCACCUCCUGUCCCAUCAAAACCAAAACAGAUAAAUUUGCCUUAUUUCGGACAAACUAACCAGUCACCAUCCGACAUGAAGCCAGACGGAACUGCUCCGCAGUUGUCAGCAGCUGUUGCAUCCAUGGGAGGUAAACCCAAACCCGCAGUGCCACAGCAGAGGGUCCUGCUGGCCCCCGGCGGGCCUUCAGUGGGCCCAGCAGACCAGACCCUUCCUCCAGGUCCUAAGCAAGAGAGUCCCCCUGCUGCCGCUGUCCGACCCUUCACGCCUCAACCUUCCAAGGAUGCCCUCCUUCCACCCUUCAGAAAACCCCAGACAGUGGCCGCCAGCUCCAUAUACUCCAUGUACACACAGCACCAGGCUCCUGGGAAAAACUUCCAACAGGCUGUGCAGAGCGCGCUGACCAAGCCCCAUCCCCGAGCACCCCACUUUCCAAGCGUGUAUGGCAAGCCUGUGAUUGCCGCGGCUCAGAACCAACAGCCCCCAGAGAACAUUUAUUCCAAUAACCAGGGCAAACCUGGGAGCCCAGAACCCGAAACAGAGCCUGUUUCUUCAGUUCAGGAGACCCACGAAAAUGAAAGGAUUCCUCGGCCGCUCAGCCCGACCAAAUUACUGCCUUUCCUAUCUAAUCCUUACCGAAAUCAGAGUGAUGCUGACCUGGAAGCCCUACGAAAGAAACUGUCGAAUGCACCCCGGCCGCUAAAGAAACGCAGCUCUAUUACAGAACCCGAGGGCCCUAAUGGGCCGAAUAUUCAGAAACUUCUCUAUCAGAGGACCACCAUCGCCGCCAUGGAGACCAUUUCUGUCCCAGCUUACCCAUCCAAGUCUGCUUCUGGGACUGCCAGCCCGGAAAGCCCGCUGGAGAUCCAGAAUCCGUAUUUGCCUGUGGAGCCAGAGAAGGAGGUGGUCCCCCUGGUUCCUGAGCCGGCGUCCCUGGAGGAGGCUGGGAGCGCCAGUACAGAGAGCAGUGACGCGCCAGCUCCUCCUCCAGGCCUCGAGUAUGUGCCUGAAGGAGUCCCAGACAGCAGCCCAAAUUUCCAGAACAGCGUGGAAGAACCAAACCCAGAGGCACCCCCUCUGCUGGAAGUGUACCUGGAGGAGUACCCCCCCUACCCACCCCCGCCGUACCCAUCUGGGGAACCAGAAGGCCCAGGAGAAGACUCUGUGAGCUUGCGUCCACCUGAGAUCACCGGGCAGGUUUCUCUGCCUCCUGGCAAAAGGACAAACUUGCGUAAAACUGGUUCCGAGCGGAUCGCUCAUGGGAUGAGAGUGAAGUUCAACCCCCUUGCUCUGCUUCUAGAUUCCUCUUUGGAGGGAGAAUUUGACCUUGUACAGAGAAUUAUUUAUGAGGUUGAUGACCCAAGCCUGCCUAAUGAUGAAGGUAUUACAGCUCUUCAUAAUGCUGUGUGUGCAGGUCACACCGAAAUUGUGAAAUUCCUGGUACAGUUUGGUGUGAAUGUCAAUGCUGCUGACAGUGAUGGAUGGACCCCGCUGCACUGCGCUGCCUCCUGCAACAACGUCCAGGUGUGCAAGUUCUUGGUGGAGUCAGGAGCCGCUGUGUUUGCCAUGACCUACAGUGACAUGCAGACGGCUGCUGAUAAGUGUGAGGAGAUGGAAGAAGGCUACACCCAGUGCUCGCAAUUUCUGUAUGGAGUUCAGGAGAAAAUGGGCAUAAUGAAUAAAGGGGUCAUUUAUGCACUCUGGGACUAUGAACCUCAGAAUGAUGACGAGCUGCCCAUGAAAGAAGGAGACUGCAUGACAAUCGUGCGCAGGGAAGACGAAGAUGAGAUUGAAUGGUGGUGGGCCCGCCUGAACGACAAGGAAGGAUACGUUCCACGCAAUUUGCUGGGACUCUACCCAAGAAUUAAACCAAGACAAAGGAGCUUGGCUUGAAACUUUGCAGAUGUUUAGUUCAUGAAGAAUUAACCUCUGUUACCACUAAGAAGAAACAGUACGAUCGUUUGUGGCAGAAAUUUCUCAAGACUCAUUUUAGUGACAGUAACUUGAAAGCCAUGAAGAAGGAGCUCUGGAAACAGAUGAAGGCUUGGCCUUGGCUACUGUUGGUCAAGGAUGCUCAGCUCGAUGGAGCAGAGCUUGGCAGGAGGCUGAUGCACUGUGCUGGGCAAGGUGCGCUGUGUUGUACUCCGAAAGACACAUGGUGACAAUCCUGUUCUCUGCAAGAAGUGGGACCACUUAUUGGACUACUGGGGGCUCAGCUUCACGGCCUGCGUCCGUUGGUGUUCUUCAGCACCUGCCACAUCCCUGAGCUCCCACCAGAAGGACCAGUGCCUCCACGGUGCCAUCUCUGGUUGUCCCCCAGAACAGCGGGCCCGUGGGGGACUCGAUGGAGGUCCAAAGGCGCCGCACACUGUGUGUUGUCUGAGAAGGACUGUUGGAUGGUUGUCCGUGAGCAAUAACUUGGUGGUGUGAUUCCUUGUAGCGCCCUAUCUUUGAAAUAUUGAAACCACACUACACUACAGGUAGAUUUAGAUUGUUUUUAGGCUGAGAUUUGAAUCUAUAUUUAUUGUCUUUUGUAUCUCAGAAAUUAGAGACUUGCUAUAGACUUACUCAUGAUAUUUGUCAAGAUCAUAGUCGACUUUAAAAACAAUUGCAAUAAAAUUAAACUUUUUGAUUCUAAGCUUUUUACUGGCUUUAGUUUUUUAUGUCAUUAACAGCUGUGUUUCAAGUUCCUAAGUCAUUGGAAUAUCAUACUCUGCUGAAAAAUAGUAUUUCUUUACCAGCCAUGUGAUUAAAUAUAAGUAUUUCUUUGCUCAG